CAAAAAGAAACAUCUAAUCAUGGCAUUAAGCUGCAUCAGGACCUAUCAACAGCACAAAGGACGAUGCAGCAACUGUGGGCUAGCGUGCUGGGCAUCGAGGCGCAGAGAAUUCGCCUGGACGACAGCUUCUUCCGCCUUGGCGGCGACUCGAUCGCGGCUAUGAAGUUAGUCGGUGAAGCUCGCAGAAUGGGAAUGCACCUGAGCGUGGCAGACAUAUUCCGAAAUCCUAUACUCGCAGACCUGGCUGGCUUAGAUUACAGUCAUAGUGGCAGUCCUGCCGAAGAAAUUCUUCCCUUUUCUCUACUAGGCGAAGAGGCGGACGUGGCUACCGUCCGCGAGGAAGCGGCCGCCAGCUGCAACGUUGACGUUGGCCUUGUUGAGGAUUUGUACCCAUGCUCGCCGCUGCAGGAAGGGUUGCUGUCGCUGACUUCGAAGAGAGCGGGCGAUUACAUCAUGCAGGGCGUGCUAGAGCUACGGGCCGACAUGAGUGAAGAGACCUUUCGGACGGCUUGGGAGCGCAUUGAUAGCAAGCUUGGCCUUCUGCAGGCCGUGAUGGCAGAAGACAUCCGAUGGACAGAGGCUGAGGAACUCCAAGAGUAUCUCAAGAAGGACAGGUCGGUCUCUAUGGGACUCGGUGAUCCCCUGACACGCUACGCUAUCGUCAAGGAAGCCGAGGGAGGAAAGCGCUGGAUGGUGUGGACGAUUCACCACGCGCUGUAUGACGGCUGGUCGCUGCAUCGAAUCCUGGACGCCGUUGCAGAAGUAUGCAAUGGCGGCGUGGUAAAGAAGCAGCCUGGUUUCCACGCCUUCGUCAAGUAUCUCGGCCAGCAAGACCAAGACGCGGCUGCGGCGUACUGGCACUCCGCUCUGGCUGACUGCCAAGCGGCACCGUUCCCUCCGCUGCCAGCGGCGGUGCAGCAGCCGGUUGCAGAUGCUAUGAUGGACUAUCAAUGUCCUCCGCUUCCCAAAGCACCCUCUGACACGACGACAUCAACGCUUGUCCGCGCCGCUUGGUCCAUCAUCGCCAGUCGAUACACCAACUCAGACGACGUGGUGCUCGGCUCUACAAUCACGGGACGCAAUGCACCUGUCGCUGGCAUCGAAGCUAUGAUCGGGCCCACCAUCGCCACCGUUCCAGUCCGAGUGCGAGUGACAAGCGAUCAAACAGUGUCCGCUUUCCUGAACGCCUUGCAGCAACAGGCGACGGACAUGAUCCCUUACGAGCAGACGGGGCUGCAACGGAUCGCCAAGGUGGCAGCAGGCGCGCGUCAUGCCUGCGGCUUCCAGACGCUGCUUGUAGUGCAACCCGGAGAUAUUGCGCGCGAGAGUAACAACGUGCUAGGGAAUUGGCGCGGCCACUCCGAGCUGCAGGACUUCACGACGUACGGGAUGAUGCUGCAGUGCACGCUGGCCGCAGAAGGGAUACGGAUCACAGUAAGCUUCGACGAGCGGGCGGUGGAGGAGUGGCUGGUCAAGAAGCUGCUGGACCAGUUCAGCUAUGUCAUGUGGCAGCUGGCUAGAGCGGAUUCAGAGACAAUGAUAGCGGACAUCGACGCCCUCACGCCAGAGGACAGACAGGAACUAUGGGUAUCGAACUGCGAGAUACCAGCGGUCGUCGACCGAUGCGUUCACGAUCUGUUCGCAGAGCAAGCAAUGGCGCGGCCUGAAGCGCCUGCCAUUUGCGCGUGGGAUGGUGAGCUCACAUACGGCGAGUUAGAUGCGCUGUCGACUAGACUGGCAAGCCAUCUCGUCGGGUUGGGUGUCAAGCCAGAAGACAUUGUACCGCUUUGCUUUGAGAAGUCGAUGUGGACCGUAGUCGCGAUGCUAGCUGUGAUGAAAGCUGGUGGAGCGUUUGCACCCCUAAACCCAGAGCAUCCAAGAACCCGCCACAAGGAGAUUGUAAUGCAGACAGGAGCCACCGUGGUGCUGACAUCUGAGCAAUACGCGACACUCUGGGAACAUGCAGACCACACUGUAGCUAUCGUCAGCGGACCAUCCAUCAACCAGCUGUUUAGCAGGGUCGAUGUGACCCUUUUAAUGGUGAAAACAAGUAACCCUGCGUAUGUGAUGUUCACAUCAGGAAGUACUGGUACACCCAAGGGUGUUGUGUUGGAACAUCGAGCAGUCUCUACGAGCUGCUUGGGCCAUGGAAAAGCACUCGGACUAGCACCACACAGUCGAGCUCUUCAGUUCGCAUCGUACACCUUUGAUGCAUGCAUCAACGAAAUCAUCACUACGUUAGUUCUUGGCGGCUGUGUGUGCGUCCCGUCUGAGGACGAUCGUCGCAAUGAUCUUGUCAAGGCCAUCAACACAAUGGACAUAAACUGGGCGUUUCUCACUUCCACUGUUGCACGAUUGCUGGGGCCGGAAGGGGUAUCUUCACUUCAAACGUUGACUCUUGGAGGAGAGAAGGUCACCUAUAAUGAUUGGAAGAUAUGGGUUGGCCAUGUUCAAGUGAUGAUUGCAUAUGGUCCUACUGAGUGUUGCGUAUGGUGUACAUCUUACCCCGCAGUUCAGUCUUUUAAUUCAGGCACCAUUGGAAAGUCCAUAGCUUCCGUUGGCUGGGUAGUGGACCCAGAGGACCACCACAAGUUGGCUCCUAUAGGAUCGAUCGGAGAGCUCUUAGUUGAAGGACCAAUCCUCGCCCGCGGCUACCUCAACGAUGUCGAGAAGACAAAUGCAUCAUUCAUCUAUAAUCCCGCCUGGCUGCUGAAGGGUAGUGCAGGCCAUCCCGGGAGGCAAGGCAGGAUGUACAAGACGGGCGAUCUGGUCUACUACGGGCCUGACGGCAAUCUGGUCUAUGUGGGCCGCAAAGACGAACAAGUCAAGGUGCGGGGCCAGCGAGUCGAGCUCGGCGAGAUUGAGCACAACAUGCAGAGGUGUAUUCCCGAGGCCAAGCAGAUAGCAGUGGAAGUGAUCUUGCCAGGGGGAGAAAGGGACAACGCAAUGCUAGCAGCGUUUCUGCAAUUGGACAUUGAGACGGAUAGUGCAAUUUUAACAGACAAGGCGGUUGAGACUGGCUCGCUGGCGAGAGUUAUCUUGCCAGUCGAAGCAGACAAGAAGCUGGCGGAGCGGCUGCCGAGCUACAUGGAAGCGACUGCGGGAGAUCGGGGGGUCGUUCUCAGCUCAGCAGCUGGCGGAGAUGCGGACAUCAAGUCAGGGACCGAAACGACUGCCAUCGACCGAGGCAGAAAAGGCGAUGCAGCAGCUAUGGGCGAGGGUGCUGGGAAUUAA